AUGGAGAGAGACAAAGAGAUAGAGAACCUGAGCCGUGUCGGUGAUGGCGUGACAUCGUGGCCCGUGAAGCUUACAAGACCAGAGCGGAGACCUAUCUUCAUCAGUUCAUCUAAUCAUCUUGUACCCACGCCGCCACGCGAGACCCACUUUCCGCUGCCGCCGCCCACGGAGACUCAUCACACUCACAGAAAAGGUUCAACUUCAAAUUCUUUCGAAGUCAACGUGGAAUUGCCAACAACUAAUGUUGCUAUUCCAAUUCUAGAAAAUGUGGAUGUUCCAAUUCUACAAAAUGUUGAUGUUCCAAUUUCAGAAAAUGUCGAUGUUCCAAUCUCUCAAACACAAUUUCAAAGAAUUGACCUUGAUUCUUUCAAUUAUGAUCCCGGAACACGUAAACAAAUAUUGGAAUAUCAUAUGCAGCUUAUUGUCUACCAUGCUUUUGUCUUUUAUAAUUCAAAUGGGGUUGUGGGACAAAAUACAUUCAUUGUUGGUGGAUUUAGAAAUUGGAAAAAGGUUGCUAAAAUAAUUGAAAAAGCUCCCAAAAAUGCAACCUACACAUCACCUAGGAUUCAAAAGGAAAUUCUACAUGUUUACUCAGUCAAAGUGAAGAAGGCCAUUCGGGAAGAAAUUGGUGAUGCAAAGUUUUGCAUAAUGGUUGAUGAAGCUCGUGAUGAGUCCAUGAAAGAGAAAAUGGUUGUGGUUUUUAGAUAUGUUGAUGCAGAAGGCUUUGUGAAAGAACCUUUUUUUGGGCCUAUUCAUAUUGUUGACAUUGCGGCUUUGACUCUAAAGAAGGGGAUAUAUUCUUUGUUAUCUCAACAUUGUUUAGAUAUACAAAAUAUUCAAGGGCAAAGAUAUGAUGGAGCAAGCAACAUACGAGGUAUGUGGAAUGGAUUACAAGCUUUGAUUUUGAAUGAUUGCCCAUAUGCUUACUACAUCCAUUAUUUUGCACAUCGCUUACAAUUGGCAUUAGUAAAAGCAUCAAAACAAGUUGUUCCCAUUAAUCAUUUUUUUCUUACAUUGCUUUUUCUGAUCAAAAUUGUUAAUGCUUCAUGCAAGCGUAAUGAGCAAUUGAAAGUUGUCAAUGCUAAUGAAAUAGCACAUUUGAUUGAUCUUGAAGAGCUUGAGACUGGAAAUGGACUCAAUCAAAUUGGCACUUUACAACGACUUGUAGAAACACGUUGGAGUUCACAUUUUAGAUCAAUUUCUAGCUUAUUAAAGAUGUUUACUUCAACUGUUGAAAUUUUACAAAAUAUAAUUGAUGAUGCAAUUAAUGGAGAACACUGGGCAGAAGCAGAGUCAGCUUAUGAGGGUUUAACUUCAUUUGAAUUUGUCUUCAUCUUGCAUCUUGAGAAGGAAACUAUGGAGAUCACUGAUAAACUUUGUCAAACUUUGCAAAGCCAAUUUCAAGACAUUUUAAAUGAACUAAACUAUCGGUUUAAUGAAGAUGCAAUGGAGUUACUUAGGCUUAGCUCAGCUUUAGAACCUUGA